GUCAUGAACUUGUUCUCAUUAAACCAAAUUUCGCAAUUGACCACAAUUGAGUCGUUUUAUCCCAAAACUGGUUUAUUGCCAAACUAUAAAAACGCACCAAACCCUAAACUCACCAUCAUUCAAAAACCAACAGUCCAACAACAAAAUGGCAUUCAGGCUCGUAGUUUUGUGCGCCGCUUUGGCUUGCGCCAACGCCGGUUACCUCGGUGCUUACAGCGCCGCCCCCGCCCUCGCCUACGGCGCCGCUCCCUUGGCCGCCCCCGUCCUCGGCAGCACCUUCCACGGCCGCCUCGCCGCCCCGGCUGUGGCUUACGCCGCCCCCGCCUUGGCCGCCCCCGCCAUCACCUCCCAGCACUCCAACAUCAUCCGCAGCUUCGGCAACUUGGGCCAAGUCUCCACCUACUCCAAAUCCAUCGACACCCCCUUCUCCAGCGUCCGUAAAGCCGACAUCCGCGUCUCCAACCCCGGAGUGAGGUUCGCCGCCGCCGCCCCCGCCAUCGCUUACGGCGCCGCUCCCGCCUUCAGCACCUACCACGGAGCCGUCGCCGCCCCAGCCUACAGCGCCUACCACGCGCCCGCCGUCGCCGCCUACCACGCCCCGGCCAUCGCCGCCCCCGUGGCCAGACUCGGAGUUGCCUACUCCGCCGCCCCCGCCGUAUCGCACAUCUCCUAUGCCUCCGCCUACGCCAACUACGGCUGGUAAUCUAGUCAAAGGGACUGUUACCAUCAAUGAGCACCUCGUUAUUUAUUGCACAUUUUUGUAAAAUCUAAAUAAAACUGUAAAUAGUACAA